GGGAGAGGGCGGCCAUGGGGCUAGGGGCAAGCAGCGAGCAGCCGGCGGGCGGCGAGGGCUUCCAUCUGCACGGGGUACAGGAGAACUCGCCGGCCCAGCAGGCAGGCCUGGAGCCCUACUUUGACUUCAUCAUCACCAUUGGGCACUCGAGGCUGAACAAGGAGAAUGACACGUUGAAGGCACUGCUGAAGGCCAAUGUGGAGAAGCCGGUGAAGCUGGAGGUAUUCAACAUGAAGACCAUGAAGGUGCGCGAGGUGGAGGUGGUGCCCAGCAACAUGUGGGGCGGCCAGGGCCUGCUGGGAGCCAGCGUGCGCUUCUGCAGCUUCCGCAGGGCCAGCGAGCACGUAUGGCAUGUGCUGGACGUGGAGCCCUCUUCACCUGCUGCCUUGGCCGGCCUGUGUCCUUACACAGACUACAUAGUUGGCUCUGACCAGAUACUCCAGGAGUCGGAAGACUUCUUUACUCUCAUUGAGUCCCAUGAGGGGAAGCCCCUGAAGCUGAUGGUGUAUAACUCUGAGUCUGACUCCUGCCGGGAGGUGACUGUGACUCCCAAUGCAGCCUGGGGUGGAGCGGGCAGUCUGGGGUGUGGUAUUGGUUACGGGUACCUGCACCGGAUCCCAACGCAGCCCUCCAGCCAGCACAAGAAGCCACCUGGUGCCUCACCACCUGGCACUCCAGCUGCAACCCCACAACUUACUGCCUUUCCUCUUGGUGCCCCACCACCUUGGCCUGUCCCUCAGGACUCUUCUGGCCCAGAGUUGGGUUCCAGGCAGAGUGACUACAUGGAGGCCCUACCGCAGGUCCCUGGUAGCUUUAUGGAGGGACAGCUCCUUGUGCCUGGGAGUCCCGGCCAUGGCACUUCUGACUGUGGGGGAUGUCUGCAUUCCAUGGAGAUCCCGCUUCAGCCUCCACCUCCAGUGCAGCGGGUCAUGGACCCAGGCUUCCUGGAUGUGUCAGGCAUGUCCCUCCUGGACAGCAGCAGUACAAGCGUGUGCCCCAGCCUAUCAUCUUCCACAGUGCUGACCUCCACAGCUGUUUCAGUCUCAGGACCAGAGGACAUUGGUUCCAGCAGCAGUUCUCAUGAGCGGGGUGGUGAAGCCACGUGGUCAGGGUCAGAGUUUGAGAUCUCCUUCCCAGACAGUCCAGGCGCCCAGGCCCAGGUGGACCACCUGCCCCGGCUGACUCUCCCCGAUGGCCUCACAUCUGCGGCCUCACCUGAAGAAGGGCUGUCUGCAGAGCUGCUGGAAGCACAGACCGAGGAGCCGGCAGACACAGCCAGCCUGGAUUGCAGGGCAGAGACUGAGGGGAGAGCCAGCCAAGCACAGGCCGCCCCAGAUUCAGAGCCUGGGCUGUGAGAACACCCCUGGUGACAUCUGGUGUGGCUUAGCUGGGUAGCUCUCUAGGCCGCAGGCUCUUGUGAGGCUUGGGCUUUGCUACAAUACAUACAUGGUCCUGGAUCGAAGGGACAGGACACCGGAGCAACAACCAGCUUCUGUAGAGGCAGGAGACAGAAUCCAGCCUGUGUCAACGAAGCAUGGACACAAUUCCACGUGAAGAUUGGGUGAGGGACAAGAGGCUGUGUCCACAAGCAGCCACACCUGUACUGAGGACCCCAAGUCCCAAGGCCCUUCCUCAUUCUACUCCUUACACUGGAUGAGAGAGGUAGUGUAUCUGGCCACUUUAUUUCUAGGAUGGGAAAUUCUAGGCCCUCUAGAGGGAUCUACCUCAUCUAGCUGUACACUAGCCCCGGGGGUCGGGGGGAGGUGCAAGGGAACAUACACUCCAGUUCUUGCAUCCUGUGAUCGCUCCCUUCGGCCCUCACACGCAGGCAGCUGGCUCUGGUGGUAGACAGGUCAAACUAUGCUUACCGUCAACACCCCUCUACCUGCCCUUCUCGCCCUGGCUUCUUCCCCAGAAGAGCUGGAAGAGAGUUGGUAACUGCCCCUCCCAUCUGUCCUCUGUAGAAGGGAAACGUGCUUUACAGGCUCAGACUCGGAGAGGACAGCUGUGCUGCUGCCGCCUUGCUACAGAUGGCACCAGGCAUGUCCUCUGCCAGUCACUGUAAGCGGCCUUUGGUCUUCUUUUCCAGCCGCCUCUUUGUUCCCACAUCCACAGACCUCAACUGUCUGUUGAGGGUACUUAGGCUGGUAAGCCAAGGACUCUAUUCCAGGAAGCACAGGCCAAAUAGUAGGCCAGGUCCUGGAUGGGUAAGCAGAACCCCAAGUGUGAGCCCAUUCCCACCCCAUCCCCCCAGGGGCCACUGAGAGGCCUGAGGCUGUACAACAUGGCUUACCACAGGGCUGCUCUGGGGCCAGCUCAAUUUAGCUGUGGUUAGGCAUUCUGACCCCCAGCUGCCUUCAUUGGAAGGUUCUGCUCCCCAGGACCCCAUGUGGGGUGAGACAGAUGCUGAUGCUGUUUCAAGUAUGAACCCCCAGAUGGUUUCU